CUCGUGUGUUUCGUGUACAGUAUGAUUCGCACGCGAGAGUCGUACGGACCACCAUCGUUCGGUUGUCGUAAGUCUUGUUUCCAAAGCGUUCAAUAGCUGCUCCGCUCCAACCAGUGCUCUUUUUAGCAGUGAGAAUUAUAUCAACUAGGAUCAGUUUUCAAGAUCAUCGACACGGAAGAAAAGUCAAUCAUACUUACAUAAUUUAUAUUGUUGAGAAUUACGACAAGAAUGAUGGUGAACGAAACAAAUGAAAAUAAAUAUAACUAUUUUAGUUAAAAUUUAAGGAUUUUAACUAAGAAGAUAAGUGAUCUCAGUUUUUGAACACUUACCAUAAACUAUUUAAAAUAGUUGAGAAAAGAUUCAUUUGUAAAAACCCGGCAUGAACUAAUUAACUUAAUCAUACAUAUACAGCAUAAUACACAGCGACCAUGUCACUGCAGAAUAACCUGUACGACAACGGCGGUGGUGGCGGGGGUGGCGGUGGCGGCAAGAGUGGUCAGCUGAAUUUGACUGCGGAAAAUGCGUGGAACAACGACUUUAUUAUGCCUAAACGGGAUCCUCUGUACAUAGUCGUGCCCAUGACCAUCAUGUACUCGGUGAUAUUCGUGACAGGCGUCAUAGGCAACUCGAUCACUUGCAUGGUGAUCGCCAAACACAAAUACAUGCACACGGCCACUAAUUACUAUUUGUUUAGUUUGGCCGUGUCCGAUCUCAUAUUGCUAGUGUCCGGGUUACCGCAGGAAAUGUGGUCCAUUUGGUCCAGAUAUCCAUACGUAUUUGGAGAGAUAUUUUGUCAACUCCGAGGGUUGUUUUCCGAAAUGUCUGCCAACGCUACCGUACUUACUAUAACCGCGUUCACGGCCGAGCGGUACGUGGCUAUUUGCCACCCAUUCAUGGCGCAGAGCAUGUCGAAACUUUCAAGAGCCGUAAAACUCAUCAUAAUCAUAUGGCUAGUCGCAGGGUUGUUUGCUGUACCCCAGGCGUUGCAGUUCACCGUCUCGUCGUGGAACGGUUCGUCAGAACUGAUGCAGUGCAAUAUCCGGAGCAUACCACUGAUGGACACAGACAUCGAACUGUCAACCGUGUCGUUCACGCUGUCCACGCUGCUGUUUUUCUUGCUGCCAAUGACACUGAUAACCGUACUAUACGCACUCAUYGGACUCCGCCUYCGUCGCUCCGACAAGCUGAAACGCACCAUCACGGUACGAUCGACCCACGGUGAGAAAAAAAUUUCAUCACCUGAGUACAGGGCCAACUCGUCGCCAAAAGUCCUCAAAAUGCUGGUGGCCGUCGUGGUGGCGUUUUUCAUCUGUUGGGCGCCGUUUCACGCACAAAGGCUUAUUGCCAUAUUCGGGUCAAGUCACGCAUCGUCUGGCAACUUGGACGCGGAAGAUAUACCGUUUCUGCAUCAGCUGUACGGUAUUUCCACGUACAUCUCCGGAGUGCUGUACUAUGUGUCCACCACCAUCAAUCCAAUACUGUAUCACAUCAUGUCACUGAAAUUCCGAGGAGCUUUCAAGGAAACGGUGUUACGGUGUUGUGGCGGCGACAGCAGCUGGAGUGCCGAUGGAUGGACCGGAAGCAGUCAACGGCGUCCGGGGCGCUGGUCGCGAAGGAGGCUGCGCAGUGACUCGUCCGAACCGGCCACCGACGACCGCCGACCAAAGUAUAGGCGCGUGUCCGGGCGGGCGACAUCGUCCGUUGAGCUGCCCGCCGACGACGACGAUGAAGUUGUUUGCAAUGGCCGAGGUCAUCACGUCGCCGGCGCCGGAUUCACCGACUGUUGGCGGCGGGCGCUGACGGGAUCGGCGGCGGGCGGAAAUGCCAAACGACGCAACGACAGCAGCUGCAACAGUGUCGGAAGUAUUGGCGGAGUUAAUGGCGGCGACGGCGACGACGACGACGACGACAAUACCUCUACUACGUCCAUGCAGCUUGGUGUGGCCUGCAGCCGUGGACCGCAGACGGUUAAAGUGCCGCCGGCGGUAGCGCUCAGYAACUGGGCCGUCAUCAGCAACAGUAGCCUCAAGGAUGUAGACGGCGACGACCUGCGCGACGAGCUAGUCGGUUACGUGGCAGACGCGUCAGUGGCAAUCGUUGGCAGCCAAAACGGCGUUGCCCUCGAGUAUUACUGAGAGACGAUAUAGCAGGGUUCGUUCGCUCAUAGGCGCAACUAGGUGUGGGCAUGGUAUCGGAGGGCCGACUCAACUCAGCCCCCUGCCCAAAUGUAAUGUAUUGAAUAACAAGUCAAGGAAAAUGUUCUCGUCGAUGAUAUACAUGUACAGUAUUGGCCGAGGACCGUGCGAGUAUACCGCAAGACUGUUUCUCAAAUUUGGCUGAUGCUUAGAUUUGUUGUACCAUGUAUAGGCUUAUGUCUUGUGCUCGUGUGGAAAAAUAUCAGCUUCGUUUUUUUCAAAUGAGAACCAACCUUUUUUUACUGUAAAUCAUUAUGCUGUCUCUAUAAGUAUAAUAUAUUUAAAAACUCCAACAUACAUUAUUAUAAGAAUAAUUAAGGUUGAACAUGCUUGGUAAACCGUGUGGAAUAAAUAUUGAUGAAAUCGCAUAUUUCUUACUAGCCAUCCACAAAUAUAACAACUCAGUAGGAGGGUAUUUUCAUUGCAAAUUUAUAAGGAGAAAACACGAGGGCUGCAGGCAUACAGACAUACAGGCUUUMCCCAAAAAUUCAAUCCUAGUUGCGCUUGUGGGUUCGCCCCUCAGUGGUAUAUUAUGUUUGUCUUAAAUMUAUUAAAUCAUAAGUUGCAUGUUUGUAUAGUAUAUCACAUUGAAAAGUACCAMUUACCUACCUGAUGUCAGUGUGAGUGUGUGACUGUAUCUGGUAAAACAUAUUUAUUUUCCAACAUCUAUUAUUGUUUUUCCCAUAAUCAGUGUAUACAAACAUCAUAAUUACAAUACAAUAUAAAAUUAUACAUUAUUUUUUUGUGCCAUUGAAGUAUUGUAGCGUUGUCGUAUUAAGUUAUUAUCAUUAUGAUUAUAAUUAUAUGUAAUCCCCUUAAAAAAAAAAAAUUAUAUGUAAUGAUGUAAUACUACACACU